AUGUCGUUGUUUAAAGAAGGAGGUUCGAUGACGUAUCAAGUUCCGGUUUUGACUCCAACGAAUUAUCCGGUGUGGGCGGUCAAAUUCAAGUCGAUUAUGGAUGCACACGGCAUAUGGGAGACGGUCGAACCAAAGGCGGGUGAAACAUCGGAUAAAAAAAAGUCAAAACAAGCUCUUUCUUUUUUGUUUCAAGCGAUACCCGAAGAUAUGGUGUUGCAAAUGGCGAGUUACACCGAACCAAAGAAAGUGUGGCAUGAGCUGAAAACAUGGUAUGUGGGAGUGGAUCGAGUGAGAACGUCUCGGCUUGCAACGUUAAAGAGAGAACUUGAAAGUUUACGCAUGAAGGAUGGUGAAACGGUCGAUGAUUUUGUGACAAAAUUAUCCGGUUUAGCUUCAAAAACAAGGAGUCUUGGAUAUGAGCUUGAAGAAGGUGAUUUGGUAAAAAGGUUACUAGAUUCGAUGCCUAAGUCGUUUCUUCAAAUCGUGGCUUCAAUAGAGCAAUGUUUCGAGUUGGAUUCAAUGUUAUUUGAUGAAGCGGUUGGUAGAUUAAAGACAUACAAGGAAUGUAUAAGAGGAACCAAGAAAGUGGAGGACACUCAAGGUGGGUUGUUGUUGGCUAGUGAGGAAAAAUCACAUGUUUGUAAGCAUUGUGGCAAUGGAAGUUCAAAUCGGGAUGACUUUGGACGUGACCAGGGAAGAGGUCGGGGGUCUGGGAGAAGUCGAGAUGGUAAUGAACGUGUCCGGGAUAAAAGUCACGUUAAAUGUUACAAAUGUGGUGAGCUUGGUCACUAUAGAAACGAGUGUCCUAAAUGGAAAAAGGAAGAAGCGAGUCUAAUCGAAGAGGAAUCGACAAUGUUUUGA